AUGGGCUUCUUCACUGGAUUUCUCGGUGGCUUUGCCUUUACCUCAUCCGUUCUCUGCAUUACCAUCCAAGUACACCGCUCAACACGCAUAUCACAACGGAAUGCCAUCCACGCGCAAGUCGAGCAAAUAGACUGGUUGAACUCCUCUGCUGGUGCCUAUGACAGGCGCUUCCUACCAGAAGACGUGCCAAGGUGGCGGCGUGAAGAAUUGGAAGCGCAGAGACAAGCGGAGCCGACUAUGAAGGAGAUAUUUAAGCAUAGAUGGAAUAAAGAAGUGGAGGCCUUGACAAGGAAGGCCUAUGAGACAAGAUGGGAGGAUGUGAGACAUGCUGCCGCGGAAAGCUGGAAGGCUGCUGCACGAGUGGUGAAAAGAGAAUGA